AUUUAUGGAUGCGACGAGCAGAUUGUGCAUGAGGACCGAGAUGGAGCUGGAGCGAAGUUGUCCAGUUUUAAGAGAAUAUGGAAGUGAACAGAGUUUGUUAUCAAGACCUGACGGGUCGUCCACGUUUGUACAAGGGGACACGAGUAUCCUGGCUGGAGUUUAUGGACCAGCUGAGGUUAAAGUCAGCAAGGAAAUAUAUGAUCGGGCAACUGUAGAGGUCCUUAUACAGCCCAAAAUGGGGCUUCCAAGUGUCCGCGAGCGAGCGAGAGAGCAGUGUGUCCGUGAGACUUGUGAAGCUGCCCUUCUGUUGACCCUUCAUCCACGCUCUUCUCUCACGGUCAUCCUGCAGGUCGUCCACGAUGAUGGAUCUCUGCUGUCGUGUUGUCUAAACGCUGCCUGUAUGGCUCUAAUGGAUGCCGGGCUGCCCAUGAGCCGCCUUUUCUGUAGUGUGACCUGCGCCAUUAGCAAAGAGGGCCAGAUAAUCACUGACCCCACAGCUCGACAGGAAAAGGAAAGUCGAGCGCUGUUAACAUUUGCCAUUGAUAGCAAUGAGCGCAAUGUUUUGAUGUCAUCGACUACAGGCUCUUUUUCAGUGCAGGAGCUCCAGCAGUGCAUCGCUAUCAGUCAGAAGGCCUCGGAGCAAAUCUUCCAGUUUUAUAGGGAUUCUGUCAAGCGGCGAUAUUCAAAGAUGCAAUAAAAUAUGCGUUGGGAUUUUUUUUACUCG